AUGACAAACAACCCAGCCCGUAGAACCACCCGCACCACUGCAACCAACAGUGGAGCACCUCCUGCACCACCUCCGCCUGCCACGCGCAGUCGCAGGGCCCCACAGCCCACUGACGAGAUGGCGGAAGGACUGGCGGUAGCGAAGAACGACAAGCUUGCCGCCCCUCAGGCCAAGAUGUCCGUGCGCGCGAAGAGGACGCCUUCAGCCCAAGCGGCUGUGCGUAUUUCAGACAUCCAGGCCGAGAUGGCCAUCAAGCAGGCGCAGGUCGAGAGGCCAAAGCCUGCACCCAAGCAGACACGUCAGUCCACUGCAAAACCUGAGUCGACAGCCGCACCUUUGUCCACCAAGGGUAGCAAGCCGGUGAAAGUGGCUUGUGUCGCCGGGUCUGGCAAUGUGCAGGAUAACUUGGCAGAAGGUCCGGGAGCCCAGACAGAAGGGGGGGAGAAAGCAGGAGGAAUGCCGACGAAGGAUGGUACAGCUGCAAGUGCCAAUGGAAGCCACAAGCCGGGGCGCAUCAAUCAGAACACUACCGGGAAUGGUAAUGACGUCAUGGGUGAUGGGCACCUGUAA